UAAUAAUGGCAGCUACCUGCAGGAUGGUAUAAAAUGAGGCUGCCGAAGUGCUGUGGCAUCAUUAGCAUUCGAAAGUUCAACGAGAGCACAUCAUAUACCAUAUACCAAUAACCAUGGAACGAGGCCAUCUUUAUUUGCCCCCUCUGAGCUACGCCCUGCCCAUGGGUCAGGUAUACGCCCCGUAUCAUGGGAGCAGCUCAUCCACAUCAUCGAAGCCGGAACAGAUCGAGGAGCUGGUGAACCAGCAGCUGCACCACCUGAAGAUGCACUACGCCGACGAGGAGCAGCGCUACGUGGACCAGAUGCUGCUCGAGAAUCCCAUUGUUGUGGAGCGCCGGGCACCGCUGGCUCUGAAAACCGAGAUUCCUGUUCUGGAUUCCCGGGGAACUGGUUCGGGUUCCGGUUCAGGAUCCGAUAUGAAGGAUGCCCAACGGCAGCGGGCAGAGUCGUGCCGAAAGUCGCGGUACAACAACAAGAUCAAGAAGGCAAAGCUGCGCUUUCGGCACAAAUUCGUCAGCGGUCAGCUGAAGAAGAGCGCCGUUAUGUUGGACACGAUGCGUGACGUCAUUGCGCAGGCGGAGCGGCAGCUGAUCGAACGGGGCUUCCCCGCCGCCGCCCUCGAGCGCAUGCGCAGCACCUUCGGCCUGGAAAUGGAGCAGUGAUAUAUGGUAUAUCAUAUCAUAUAUAUACUUGGAGUACCCGGGGCCUAGGAACGAACCGAUGAUCCCUGACUAGUCCAGCAUUAGCCACACCAACCUUCUUUUUUUUUCUUGUUGACUAUAUCUAGUGUAUUA